AUGGGUGCGCUAUACAACAUAUUAAUUUCACCACGAGAGACGAUAAAUGAUUCAUCACAUAAAAAUGGAAGGCAAGGCAUAACUUACCUUUUUUAUUGUUGCAGAUGCUGUAUUGGUUUGGAAAGUUCCAAAUCCGAUUUGGUUGUAAAUCCUGGUACAGUCAAGAGGACAGACAGGGUGAACAAUGUCUCGGCCGCCUAUCGAGUGCUAGAUAGAGGCUUCGCGCUACAAGGCCUGACUGGUAUAUUCGAUGCUGAGAAUGGUCGACUACAGGGUGGAAAGCACAGUCAAUUUCCACCUUCGGUGCGCGGCGACGACUCAAUUAGUGUCUCGGAACCGAAAGCUGUCAAUGUCGUGACUAAGCCCAGGAUUGAACGUAUCGAGGUAGCAGGUCCUCGCGAAAGCACAUCAGAUGAUUCAGGUGAUUCGGAUGAUUUUAACUACAGCAAUAGUGUAUUACCAAAUGUGGAAGAGCUUUACUGGGAUUUCUUGGGAGAGUUAUCAAAAUUUGGAGCCAGGGAGCUUUCAGUAUCAGCAAACUUCUUUAUCAAUAUUCACACCGAGUCUUGUGAAAAAGUUUUGCCCAUUGAUAUGCACGUUCUGGAAUUCGGGCCUUGGGGUAAAAUGUUCAAGGUUAUAAUCAAGGACACAGAGGGAUUAUCGGAGUAUCUGAAGCAAACUCUAAUCGAAAUCGCCAAUGUGUUUGUACUUCUUACAUGA